AUACCUAUAAGCUGUUCUCCAUCUGUCACAUCAAGUCAAACAAAUGUUUGUUAAAUUGUUUCAGGAUAAUGAGUAAUAGUGCUCUAUUGCAGUUGAUUAUUAAUCAUAUUUGAAUUUACAACAAGGAUACAAAGCAAAUAUUUUAUUUAAACAUUACACGAAUAGUACCAUCAGUAAAUUCGUGAACUGACCCGAUAUUACAGUGAGAGCGAAGAGAAAAUGGCUAACGAAAACGCAAAGAAUUUUGCAAACCUGGAGACCCCAGGUUAUGUUGGUUUUGCCAACUUACCAAAUCAAGUGCACCGUAAGUCAGUGAAGAAAGGCUUUGAGUUCACUCUAAUGGUGGUUGGAGAGAGUGGUUUGGGGAAAUCAACACUUGUGAAUUCUCUGUUCCUUACUGACUUAUAUCCUGAACGUGUUAUCCCUGAUGCUACUGAGAAAACAAACCAAACUGUAAAAUUGGAUGCAUCAACCGUGGAGAUUGAGGAGAGGGGAGUGAAACUCAGAUUGACAGUUGUGGAUACACCUGGCUAUGGUGAUGCCAUUGAUAACACUGAUUGCUUCCGAUCAAUAAUACAAUACAUAGAUGAACAAUUUGAGAGGUUCUUACGCGACGAGAGCGGUCUCAACCGUCGGAACAUCGUCGAUAACCGCAUACAUUGCUGCUUCUACUUCAUAUCGCCUUUUGGACAUGGGCUGAAACCACUGGACAUUGAGUUCAUGAAGCAGCUUCACAACAAAGUGAAUAUUGUGCCUGUUAUUGCUAAAGCGGAUUGCCUCACCAAGAAGGAAGUGCAGAGGCUCAAAUCUAGAGUAAUGGAAGAAAUCGAACGAGAAGGCAUCAAGAUAUAUCCGCUGCCUGACUGCGAUAGUGACGAGGAUGAAGAUUAUAAGGAGCAGGUUCGUCAGCUGAAGGCAGCUGUGCCGUUCGCGGUGUGCGGUGCGGGGCAGCAGCUGGAGGUGCGUGGACGUCGUGUGCGCGGCCGUCUCUACCCAUGGGGCGUGGUUGAGGUUGAAAACCCAGAGCAUUGCGAUUUCAUCAAGCUGAGGACUAUGCUCAUUACUCACAUGCAAGAUCUUCAAGAAGUGACGCAAGAGGUACACUACGAGAACUAUCGUUCCGAACGACUCGCCCGCAAUGGACAAGUGCCCAAGCGACACACGUCAACUGAGAGUGGUCUGAGUGAGGCAGACUCCAACGGACUGAAUGGAUCUAAUGAAGAUUCUUCUGAACGUGAACGUGUGCUGCGUGAGAAGGAGGCGGAGCUGCGACGUAUGCAGGAGAUGCUGGAGCAGAUGCAGCGCCAGAUGCAGCUGCAAGCCGCCGCCGGGACCACCGCAUAGUCCGCGAACAUCCAACAGUUGGACACAAGUACGGCUGUCCAACUGCCGGACGCUUGCGACGUCGUCAAUUCAAUACUGCGCGCCAUUCCGUACUGCGUCACCAGCACAUAGCCUAUACAUGUGUCACGUGACAAUCAUAUAACCUAUCAUACAGUUACUACAACGCUUCCCUUACUUUAAUAAUCAAAAUGCAGAUAUAUUAAGCUACAUUAUAAGUUUUUUUGUAUUUCAUUUACAUUUUAAACAUGUACUCCAUAGAUCGAUUUGUGAAGUUCGUGUUGCCACUGUCGAUAAUACGGCGACCUGAUUGGUCGAUAAUAUCAGCCACCUGAUUGGUGGAUAAUACAGCUAGCUGAUUGGUCGAAAAUAUUUUGACAUUUCUAUACAAAUGUAAUUCCAGUUUUACAAAAAAGUUGAUGAGAAUGUUAUGCUUAAAAGAUUAUGCAAUAAUGUUAACGAAACAAAUUUUGCUUUCAACGAAUAUAUUAUAAGAUUUAGAAAUGCUUACAAAUAACCAGUAGUCUUAAAAAUUUUAAAAAGAAAUCUCAGUUUAUAAAUAAGUUUAAAUUGAUCUUUUAGUUUGCUUGAAGUAGUAAUCGAAUUUUAUAUGUAUUCUGUGCAAUUUGACAUCUUUAUCUAUGGUAUAGAUUAUAGGUUAAUAGAUUGGCUGUACCAAGUUAUUGUUACAAUUUGUAGUAAAAAUGUUUAAUAUUUAAUUUGAAAUUUAUAUAAAAAUACUUUGUAAUAUCUCUUAUUUACAGUAUUGAUUUUUUUAAAUUAAUUUCUUUUUACUGGCCUCUCUAUUAGCACAUUAAUCUAUGGUAUAAAAUGAUAUGACUGACAUAGAUAAACGAAUUUAAUUUCAAUAUAAUAUAUUCUAUUAGGUUCCUAAUAAUUAGUACAUUGUCAAUUGGUAAGAAUAAUUACUUAUUAAAUGUUUGCAAUCUCUCAUAGCCUUAACUGUUGUGUAUUUUAAUGCAAUUUUUUAUUAUAAUAUCAAUUUCGCAUAUCGAUUUUGACGCUUUUUAUAUCGAUAUAAUGUCACACAUUGUUCAUAGAUAUAUAACCUAUAGAUAUAUUUAACAUUUUAUAUAAUUUUGACAUCUAAUAUAGAAUCGAUUUUCAAUACGUCAUUUUGGAUUGUAAAUGACAAUUCUAAAGGAAUUUAUUCCAAGACAAGUUCUUCGAAGGAUUUUUUUUGCAUCAAUUUUGUUCACCGGGUUAAUUAUCUUUAAGUUAUAAAUCUAUGGUAUUGCUGUUAGGGUGGAUUUCUACUGUCUUGUCACCUGUAUUACAAUAUUGCCUUCCCUUUCAUAUAUAAAGAACAGAGAUUGCAAUAAUGUAUGUAUACAGGUCACUUCAUUAAAAAUCAUGUUUAAAAACACUUACUCGUGAAAAAUAACAUGGUACAUCCGGCGACUUUAUUGAGUAAAUUCAUACAUAGUGAAUGAGAAAGUUUUAUUCAUAUUUUUAGUCUCCAUUCAUUGAUUCGUAAUAUCAUGUUAUUGUACACGAGUAGUACCAAAAGUAAUCCUUAGUAGUUAGGAUUUUCCUAAACUAUUAAAUAGAUUGUUGAAAUAUGUACACAUUGCUUUUAAAAGCUUUUAUAACAUCAAAAAAUGUUGAUUUUUACUUACAAUGCAGUAUAAAAAUCUUACGAUCAUACACUUAGGCAUAGACAACAGAAAUAUAGAUUAAAAUAAAUAGAAUAAAAUAAAAUUUAUAUGAUCAGUUACUUAUAGAUAAAUAAAAACGUUUGUAUUUUAUUAUUAACCGUUUUAAAUUUACAUUUCUAUCUAAUAUCUAGAUAUUUUAUCCUAUGUGCCAUUUCAACUUGAGCCAUACUUUUUUAAGAAAGACCUAAUUAGUAACUAUUUUUGUUUAAAAUGAUUAAAAGGAAAAUUCGCUCU